AACUUUCUGUUCUAAACUUUCUAGGUGCAUGGUACCGAUCCACCCACCCACCCCUCCUCGCCUGUCUGCCACGCACGGGAUCGGAGGAGGUUGUCCUUGACGUCGUCUCGAGUCGACGACGAGCUCGCAGCACCGGCCGCUAGCUGGCCUCACGCGGUGCGGUGGCAGCAGGUGGCAGGGAGCGAGCCGCCACGUGCCGCGCUGCCACGUGAGUAUAAGUACCCUGCUCUGCUAUAUAGAGCUCGCAACUCGCUGGCCAUAGAUCCAUUGAUUGAUCGGACGGACGCGCGUCUCCGGUCCCGUCCGUAAUAACACUGAUCCGAUCCACGCCGGCCGGCGAUGGAGCUCAUCAAGUCCAGGGCGACCGUGUGCGCGCUCCUCCUGGCGCUGCUCCUGCUCUCACACUACGACGGCGGGACGACGACGACGAUGGUGGCGGAGGCCCGGGUGUGCAUGGGCAAGAGCCAGCACCACUCGUUCCCCUGCAUCUCCGACCGCCUCUGCAGCAACGAGUGCGUCAAGGAGGACGGCGGGUGGACCGCCGGCUACUGCCACCUCCGCUACUGCAGGUGCCAGAAGGCGUGCUAAGCAAAGCUCUUGAAACACCCUUGGCUUGCCAGAACUGAACUGUGGUAGUACUAAGUAACACCCUUGGCUAGCUGUGCACAACCUACGUACCGUGCAUGCAUGUAAUGUGGUGUCAUGUAACGUGACAGCAAUAAAUAUUAAUAACAAUAAUAACACGGCAUGUAGCCUUUGCAUGCUUCUAGCAGCA